AUGCACAAAUGGAACAAAUACAUCAGCCUUAAAUCAUGUACUUUAUUACAGAUAGAACAGCAAAUACAGCAACGGUUUGCCCACUACGACAAGGAUCCCGAGUUUGUGAAGACACGUCAACGUUACGCAGAUUUGCAUUCGAAGUUGGCGGUGCUCAAAUCACGUAUAUCCGACUUUGAACGCGCCCAAGAUGUGGCCGCAAGUGGCUCGACAACUGCUGUUCCUAUGGAUCUUUGCGAUUUGGAGUGA